AUGAAAAGCAGCGGACUGGUUUUAUUUGUGUGUGCUGGUUUGCUAUUGAGCGGUGGUGCCGUUUUAGGCGGUUCGACAGCGUGGAACCUCUUCCGCAUGUCCUACUACUUCUGGACGACGGACUUGGGCGUCGAACUGGGGUCAAGCGUGCUCUUCCUUUCUGGGGCACUACUCUGCCUACCCGCAUGUUGGCUAUCUACCUUAGUCCCAUACUAUAAGAAGUCGACGACACUUUUAGCUACGUUAAUGGUCCUAGUGACUGUGGCAUUAGUAUUGCUAUCGACUGGUAUAUCUUCGAUUAUGGCGCUGUCGAAAGCCACUCGAGAUCCGGCUGGGCUCAACGCCAGCAUGUUGCGGUCCAUGUCCCUCGAAGCUAUAGAUCCAGCUGUCAAGAGUGCCUUCACAGCUAUGCAAAUUGAGUUGAAAUGCUGCGGCGUCCAGUCCCACACGGACUGGUACCUCCAUCGACGGAAUAUACCACCGGCCUGCUGUGGUCGUUUAUUUGCAGGAAGGCAAGAAGGCCGGUGCGCAUACCCACUCCACCCGACGGGGUGCUUGGGACCAGCUAUAAGGGAACUCCGCCUUUAUGUCAAUUCGCUGACCGUUGUCGCUUGUGGUAUAAUUCUAGUUAUGGCGGUGACCCUCUUUGCGACCUCGUACACCUUGGUGUCUGGUGUGGUGGAGCGUGCUAAUAAAACUCUACAACCUCUUCGCAUUGCCUGCCUGAACAACUCGCCAGCAUUCCUACACAGAAAUUCGUCCGCAAACUAUAACGUUGUCACCGGCGCCAUAAAUAACAACAAUCCCACCCAAGGAAUCUAUCCUUCCUUGGUACCUCCGACUAAUCCUGCUUUUUGCCCCAGUUAA